AUGGCAGACCGUAAUGACGGCUAUCAUGAGCAUGAGUUCAUGGUUGCCCAUGGGGGUGCCCAAGAUGCACGUAUUCGCCGAUCACAGGACCGGGACGGAGGUUUAGCCGUUCAUCGCCGGAAGGUUGUGAAGAUUAGUCUUCCAGCUAGUAUCUGUCGAUCAGAGAGGGGCACCUACGGUAGACGGAUCGAACUACCGCGCUUGUAA